GCUCCCUUUCGAUACCUCUUCGAUAACACCACUUGAAACUUUCGGGCUUCGCAGGGCACAAGGCAUGCUACACAUAUUCUCCUUAAUUUUAUCGUGCUCCCUGCGAUAGUCACCUUUCUCCAACCAUCCAUCCCGACCCCGCGGCGAUGCGCCUCUUUCUGAUCCCCAUCUCGACACGACGGGCGUUGAUCUACGCUCGGCCUCUCCGGAAAGACAUACCGAAGGAGCUAUCACUGCUCGACCGAGCUACAAGCAAGGCGGCUGAGACCUGGGCUAGCUGGGAAGAGGCCGAGAAGGGCUGGAAAAAGCACCUGGUGACCUGGGGCAAUCGAGUCCAACAGCGGAUUCCUUUUGAAGAAUGGGGCCUCAAGAGUAUUCCGUCGCUCGCUUCGCAGCAACGGAUCGAUAAGGACCACGGCAAGAAGAAGAUCGAGGUGUUGUUCCCGGGCAAUGCAGUGCGACUGGAGAAGAUCCCGACCAUAUUACGCUCUAUCGCUACAGAACGACAAGAAUUCCAUCGAAAGAAGAUGUGGUGGAGUUUUGGAUUUGCGCCGAUCACAGCGCCUUUGGGAUUGAUUCCGGUGGUCCCCAACAUUCCCUUUUUCUACCUAGUAUAUCGAGGCUGGUCCCAUUGGCGGGCGUUGAAUGGCUCGCGACACCUGGAGUUUCUUGUAGAGAAGGAUCUCCUGAAGUCUGUUUCCCUGCCCGGUCUGGAACAAUUGUAUGCCAAACGGGCAUCCCGGAUACUCGACAAUACCCCCAUUGAUACGCCAGCUUCAGAAAUGGUCGAGGACUUCGAGCAGAGCGAGGACCGUGUGCUUUUGAAGAUGUCUGACGCCAAGAAACUCGCCACGAUCUUGGAAGCUCCGGAGCUGGCAUUGGAGGCUGAGCGGGCUAUCGUUCAAGUCAGUGAGCAGCUCCAGGCUCAAAAGAAAAAAGAAAAAGAAGCCAAGUCCUCAGAUGAGAAGAAGGAUUCAUGAGAUCUUCGUGGCCUUGGAGAAGAAAGCGGAUAGAACGCACUCUACUCCGAUAACCCACUCAAUGAUUGAUGUACCAUAGCCUGCUAUAUUUGCAGA